AUGGACUUAGUGAGGGACGCUUUUCCAGGCCGAGUUAUCUCUCGUUUUGGCGAUUUGCCUUGGCCUGCAAGAUCACCCGAUUUGACCAGUCCAGACUUCUUUCUUUGGGGUUUUUUGAAAUCUCGGGUGUAUGUGAACAAGCAACAGACUCUCGCAGCUCUAAAAGAAAACAUUCGUCAAGAAAUAACGAACAUAUCGCAGGAAGUGUUACGGCAAGUUAUGCAAAAUGUCAUAAAUAGGGCUCAAAUGUGUAUCAACUGUGGAGGUCACCAUUUAAAAGACAUCAUCUUUAAAUCCUAA